GUUUCUCCCAUGAUGCCCCUCGGUGUGAUCGCAUAGCUGAAUGGCGCCUUUACUGCAGGAGGGGACCAUAAUAAUUCACAACCAUAACAAUUUGUCGCACCAAAGUCUUUGUGUGUCUUGUUUUUACCGUGUACGUUAAAUAUCUGAUUGAUAUUACUGGGAUUGUCUGAGCGCGUGUAUGAUGGCUCCAUUCAGCUUGCUGUCAGUCGGUGCUAAUGUUCUGCUGAAGUCUCUGGGUUUGUUCUCCGCUACAUCUGCUGUGAGGUGCUCAUGUGUAGUUCCAGUGAUAAAGUGUUUUAGUACCACAACAGGGAGUCCACCUAAGCGACCCCUCACAGCAUACAUGAAAUAUGUGCAAGAGAUGCAGCCCACCUUCAUCAGACAAAAUCCAGGAGUGAAAAAUGUGGAUAUUGUUCGGAAGAUAGCACAGCAGUGGAGAAUGCUGACUCCUGAACAGAAGCAGCCAUUUCAGGAUGCAUCUUUGGCAGCUAGGGAGCAGUACAAGCUUGCUGUGGAGAAAUACAAAGCCCAGCUCACCCCAGCACAGUCUGCUGCUAUUGCAGUGGAGAGGAGACAGAAGAUGGCCAAAAGAAAAGCAAUUAGGAAAAAGAAGGAGCUGAAUGCUCUUGGCAAGCCCAAACGCCCCAGGAGCGCCUUUAACAUCUUCAUGGCAGAGCACUUUGAGGAAGCGAGAGGAACUACUAUGCAGGCGAAGAUGAAGUCACUGACAGAUGACUGGAAGAUACUCAACAUCCCACAGAAACAAAUUUACACACAGCUGGCAGAAGACGACAAAGUCCGUUACAAAAACGAAAUGCAAUCGUGGGAGGAGCACAUGACAGAGAUCGGAAGGGAAGACCUCGUUCGGAGAAAAGCGAGGAGGCCCAAGAAGGCGACAGCCACCAAAGACAGAAAAAACAAAUCCAAAGUCACAGUGCUGAAAGCAAAAGCGCCGAGAAAGAAAACGGCUGUAAAGAAGGCUGCUUCUGGAACAACUGCCGAAAAGACUGUGAAGAGCACCAAGAAGUGAGACGAUCAGCAACAACAUUAAAACCACCUGCCUAGUAUUGUGUAGGUCCCCCUCGUGCCGCCAAAACAGGCCAUGCUAUUCUUUUCACCACAAUUGUACAGAGCGGUUAUCUGAGUUACCGUAGACUUUGUCAGUUUGAACCAGUCUGACCAUUCUCUGUUGACCUCUCUCAUCAACAAGUUGUUUCCGUCCACAGAGCUGCCACUCACUGGAUGUUUUUUAUUUUUGGCACCAUUCGGAGUAAAUUCUAGAGACUGUUGUGUGUGAAAAUCCCAGGAGAUCAGCAGAUACAGGAAUACUCAAACCAGCCCAUCUGGCACCAACAAUCAUACAUGCGAUUAUCUAAUCAGCCAAUCGUGUGGCAGCAGUGCAGUGCAUAAAAUCAGGCAGAUAUGGGUCAGGAGCUUCAGUUAAUGUUCACAUCAUCCAUCAGAAUGGGGAAAAAUGUGAUCUCAGUGAUUUGGAGCGUGGCAUGAUAGUUGGUGCCAGAUGGGCUGGAUUUGAGUAUUUCUGUAACUGCUGAUCUCCUGGGAUUUUCACACACAACAGUCUCUAGAAU